UGCAGAUGAAAGAUGGCCCUCCUCCGUUCUUUUCUUUUCCCCAACUGAAGGAAGCCAACCCGAACAGAGGAGCAGAUAGUCACACGGUGAGGCAGGCCACGCAGUUCAUGUGAUUGGAGUGCUCCCUCGGAUCAUCGUGGCUGCACGAGAAGAGGUUGUCAGUGGGAAUAUUUUGGUGGUGAUCAGGGCAAAUUCUUUCUGAUCUAUUGGCGCUGACUGCUGCCUGAAGCCUGUAUCGCUCUCCAUUGACAUAAUAUUUACGAGGGAUAUCUGUGCAAAAUCUGUCUCAUUUACAGCCUCAGGUUGCUGCUUUAUGUAAUGCGCUGUCUUCUUCUCCAGCAAACCAAGAAGAAGGCAGGUCAUCUGCAGAGUAGAGAAGAGGAGGGUGCGUUUUGCUACUCUGGUUUCAUAUUAGCUCUGCGUGAUUUGUGGUUCUCCAUUGGUGAUUGGAUGAUAACUUCUGGUAUAGACAUUAUAAAAUUUUCAAAUCAGUUACGUUUCAUCUGCCAAGCUUGGGCGCAGUCUGCUGGCAUGGAUGUUUGAAGUCUUCAUGGGUUAUCAUCUGAGAAAACUCUUUCUACACAUAAAUAAUUAAUACUGAAUCAUGUUAUAAGUCAUUCUCUUGUUACCAGCCUGCAACUCCUCUGGUGAAUCUCUCUCAGCACCUUUGUAUAAUGGCAACCAUACUAGAAUCUUUAGUUGGAUCGUGCGCUAUGAAGUUGCAAGAUGUCAUCUCAGAGGAGGCCAUACUAAUAUUAGGUGUAAAAGAAGAGCUUACGGAACUGCAGUGUUUUGUCUAUUGUGCCAUGUUCCCUGAAGAUGCAGUUAUUAAUCGUGAUGAUAUUACCAGGAUGUGGGUGGCUGAAGGCUUCAUAGAUGAGCAAGACGGCCAACUAUUGGAAGAUACAGCUGAAGAAUGCUAUUAUGAGUUGAUAUAUCGGAAUCUCCUCCAACCAAAUUAUCUAUUGGCUGAUCUUAGUGAAUGUAGAGUGCAUGACCUAUUGAGGCAGCUUCCUUGUCAUUUAUCUAGAGAAGAAUGUUUUGUGGGUGACCCAGAAUCAAUAAGAGUUAAUGUCAUGAGUAAAACUAGACGUAUUUCAGUUGUCACUUUGAAGGAUAGGGUGGUGUUACCUAGAAUGGAUAAAGAGCAAUAUAAAGUGCGAACUUGGAGAACUUCUUGUGAAAAGUCAUUGAGAGUUGAUAAUACAAUAUUUCAAAGACUUCAUUACAUUCGAGUUUUGGAUCUAAGAGGUUCAGUUAUACAAAGUAUUCCAAACUGUGUUGGAAGACUGAUCCAUCUACGGUUACUUGAUCUUAAUGGAACUGACAUAUCUUGUCUUCCAGAGUCUAUAUGUUGCCUCAUCAACCUUCAGAUACUUAAUUUGCAGUGGUGUGAUUCUUUGCAUAGUCUCCCUUUAGGAAUAACUCAGGUUCCAAAAGGGAUAGCUAAAACACCAAUAAAUCAGGUUCCAAAAGGGAUAGCUAAAUUGAAGUUUCUCAAUGAUCUAGAACAAUAUCCAGUUGGUGGUAGCAGUAAUAAUAGUGCUAGAAUACAAGAUGGAUGGACCCUAGAAGAGCUGGGUCCACUUUUUCAGAUGAGGAAGCUUGAAAUGAUUAAGUUGGAGAGACCAUCUCCUUGUAGUGGAGAUUCAUUGUUACUAGACAAAAAGUUUCUCAAACAGCUAAGUUUCUGCUGUACGGAACGUACAGAUGAACCAUACAGUGAGGAGGAUGUAAUCAAUAUUGAGAUGACUUUGGAGAAGCUAAUCCCUGCGCAGAGCAUUGAAGAUAUAUAUAUUCUAAAUUUCUUUGGUCGGCGGUUUCCCACCUGGCUUGAUAGUGCUACACAUUUUCCAUCAUUGAAGUACUUGCAACUCAUACAGUGUAAAUCAUGUGUGCAUCUUCCUCCAAUUGGGCAGCUCCCCAACCUAAAAUAUCUGAGAAUCAAGGGAGCCACUUCAGUCACCAAGAUUGGACCCGAAUUUGUUGGUUAUGGGGUGGAUAAUCCCAUAUCUGCAGAGGCAGUAGCUUUCCCCAAGCUUGAAAUAUUGGUCAUCGAAGAUAUGCCCAACUGGGAGGAGUGGACCUUUGUUGUUGAAGAAGAAGAAGCGACAGCAGCAGGUAAGGAAGGAGGAGAAGAUGGAGCGGCUGCAAAGCAAAAGGGUGAAGCCCCACCUCCAAGGAUGCAGCUGCUGCCUCAUUUGAAGGUCUUGUCACUUGAGCGCUGCCCCAGGCUGAGAGCUCUCCCACCGCAGCUUGGACAGGAGAUCACCAGCUUGAAGCAGCUCCAAUUAAGAGAUGUGGAUAGCAUUAAGGUGGUGGAUAACCUCCCGUUCCUCUCUGAGCUGCUUUUAAUUGCGAACUGUGAAGGCCUAGAAAGGGUCUCAAAUAUUCCCCAAGUGAGAGAAUUGCGUGCACAGCUGUGUCCGAACUUGAGCUGUGUGGAGAGGUUGGACAGCUUUUUCUGAAUGGAGGAUAUGCAAGAUAUCUCCUUACGGUGCACUACCAGAAAACGGAAGGCUCCGGACGUUUUUUUCAGUCCGACGGGAACGCAGCACCCAUGCACCAAAAAAUCCCCACUCGACUCCCAGCGACCCAGCCCCGUCAGGACCUAGCCGGAGACCGCCCGGGCGGCGGCGGCAGCCCGCGUCUAUGCCAAAGCCGGCCCAGCGCCCCCUCGCCCUCUCCUCUCUCCCCUUCAUCCCUCCUCCCCCGACCUGCAACCUCCGCCGCCGCCGCCGCCGCCGGCCGCCGGGGCCGGAUCCGGCCUGCUCCUCGCCGGAUCCGCCCCCCCCCCCCCGUGGCCGAUCUCCUGCUGUGCCGGGCGUGGGCGCGCCCCCGGCGCCGGCCCGGGUGGGCCGCCGGCCGCCGGUGCCGGAUCCGGGCCCCCCGUGGUCGUUCUGCCGCUGGGCCGGGCCGGCUCCGGUGGUGGUGCGGCCGCCGCCGUUAGCUGCUUGCCCUCGGGCGGCCUGGGUCCUUCGCUGCGCCGCUGCCGCGUUGGGGGUCGGGGGCUUUGGCCGCGCCACCGCCGCCGUCUCGUGGUGACCGAGGGGGCCGCUGCCGCGCCGCCGCUCGCUCGAGGCGGGCCUCCUGUUGCGCCGCCGCCCCGUGGUGGCUGGGGGGCCGCGGCCGCGCGCCGCCCUUCUUGGGGGACCUCGUCUCGCGCCGCCCUUGUGGGAUGGGAUGCCGGCAGCCGGCGUCCUGUCCCCCGUCCGGUUGGGUGCCCCCGCUGCUCGUCCUGGUUGUGGUGCUGGUGUGUUCCCCUGCGCCGCGUCAACUAGUGUACUAGUUCAUAGUGGCGGAGUGUUCAUGAAGGACACUACUAUGCCUUCAUUCGCCUGACGCUGUUUGAUCAAUGGAAUUGCUCAGUUUGGACAGCAAAUUGAUAGUUUUGGGACUCUUUUAGCAAGUGUAGUUUGCCAUCUCUUCGCUUGAUCAGCCUGACGGUGGAGCUGUUGAAUGCUAGCUGCAGCCUGCAGGUUGUGGAUAUAGCAUUGAUGGGUCCACUGGUUCGAGCUUCCUACUCCAGCAAUGAUUCCCUAGAGGCAAAUAACUAUGAUCUUUUGUUGAGAUCCAAUGGUAAGACAUUGAACUUUGUCUGUGCAUAUGAACUAGUAUGCAAUUCUCUGAGAUAGUUGCAUUUAUAAAAAGGAAUAUGAGUUUAUAUUUCUUAAGGUGGGUGAUCAAUUAAUUAUAUGAGUUUGUGAAGUUGAAUAAAUUUCGGUAUCAAGGUUCAUGAGAACUGACUCCUUGUUCUGUUCUGUAAUUGCAAGUUUUAUAGUUCAAAAAUAGAUUAGUGUUUACUGAAUUUAAGUUUGUAAUAUGCAUCCUCUACCUUAGGUUGAAAGUUCCUUUCAGUUCAGAACUAGUUAUAGGAAGCAGGAUGAAUUGUUAAUUUCAUAAUUACUGGUUCUUUUCAGUUUUUACAACUUGAACAUGGCUGCAAUCUGAUUGAGUUAAUUUGGUUCUUCAUCAGGUACAAAAAUACAGCAAGGCAGAGUUAAUCUGAUUCAGUUACCUUUUGUUUGAUUUAAGACUUACUUGAGCUGUUUAGAAGUUAACAAAACUAGCUUGGAGUCAUAGAUACAAGGAGUUGUAUAUAGAAUUUUAAGCACUAUGAUAUAUUAAUUUCUUUACAUAUCUGAAAAGAUGCAUACCUAGUGCAGUAGUCAUUUUUAGGAAAUAUCUGUAUGUACAAAUUGUAAAGGACUUGUAUAUGAAACUACCAUACAAAUUGGAUUCGAUGGAACUGAGAAAUUGUAAUAUUGGAUGCAGGUCUGCAUGUAUGUAUGUAUUAUUUUAUUUUUUUUGCUCUUUUAGCUGUUUUCCUGACGGUUUUGCCGUCAGGAAUUGAUCUUCUAGGCAUCCGCAUGAAAGUCGACAGGAACUACCGACAGGAAAGAAUUCCUGUCGGCCAACCGACAGGAGAAGUCACUUUUCCUGACCAAGGGCUCCUGUCGGCGAAGCCGUCAGGAAUCCUAUUCCUGACGGUAUUUCAGGCAUUCCUGAUGGGUUUUGGCUGUCAGGAGUUUCCCGUUUUCUGGUAGUGGUGGCUGUCUGGACUCCAAGAUCGGCACCAGCAGCUGCACGGAGAAGACCUGGAUGUCUGCUGGGCAUGGUGACCUUGGCUGUGUGCUUUCUAAUUCUGGUUACUGAGCAUGGAAGUGAACAAGUGCUUUGUGACAUUAUUACCUUGGCUUGGAGUCAAGGAGUGGAGAUUUAUCCAUGAACCGUCACGUCUACACUACAUGGACUCCUUUAUCGAGCUACUCGGGAAAAGGUACAGAGCCGUUGUAUUGUAUGCAGGACAGGAUUGUGGAUAGAAGAUGAACUGCAAUCA